AGCUGGACGGUUUAUCCAAUCAGGAGCGAGCACAACGUGACGUUAGCCAUGUAAACAAACAGAGGCAGCACGGCCAUGACAGUUACAGCAGAGUUAUUCACAGAGUUCACCGUCUGCCCCGCUGCCGUCGAGCAAACCAGGUUUUCAGUGUCGUCGGCCCGUCUGUGGUGAUCCAGGCUGUCUGUAAGGAGACUGACAUGAAGGACCCGAGGCUCAGCAACGUCAACACCAACAUGACGAUCAGCAACGAGGUAAUCCUGAUGAACCAGUUCAACUCCGAGGAGAACCCGUUCGCUGAGUACAUGUGGAUGGAGAACGAGGAGGAGUUCAAUAGACAGGUGGAGGAGGAGCUGUGGGAGGAGGAGUUCAUCGAGCGCUGUAUCCAGGAGCUGAUGGAGGAGGAGGAGCAGUGGGAGUGGUUCAUCCCAUCCAGAGACCUCCCGGCUCAGACCACCGCUCAGCUGCCGGACCAGAUCAGCCUGCUCGUUCUCGACACUGACAUUCACGAUGACGCAGACUUCGAGCUUGUGAUAAACAGCAGUCUGAACCCCAACGCUAAGGAGUUCAUCCCAGGUAUCCAGAAACACACCAUGUGACCCCACCAGGUUCCACCCACACCCUUGUCCGCACUGUGACAUCACUAGCAAGAUGUCUGCCGUAUUUUACAGUUGCCACUCGACCUUUCAGCCUGCCAUGUUGCCAAAGUUCUGCGCUCGCAUGUGUUCAAGUUCAGAGUAAAGUUACUGUUAGUUACUGCCAUCCUCCACCCAUCUGUCUGUCUGACUGAGUGUGUGUGUGGUAACUCUCUGAAUGUAAAUCAGCUGAGAGUGUUUGUGUUCACUUCAAGAACAAACUGGUUUCUGUUACAGUCAGCUCUGAUGUCUCCAUUCAGUCUGAGCUUUCGUUGCACUUUUAUAAAAACCCCAUAACAAACGUUGUGUUCACAUUUUGCUUUAGUUUAGACCUGGUCCUGUCUGAUCCAGUUGUUUUGGAUUCAUUCUCUCUGUAUUUCUUCGUCUUCUCCCAGAAUCCUUUGUGAGCACUCGGCACUCUGCUGCCUCAUUAACUGAUGUUUGUCUGUUGUUUUUUUCUAAAUGCACAUAAAGUACUGUAUAAAAAGUCAUAUAAAGAAAAAAGUUGUAAAAAAAAUAUCUAUUUUUUCUUAAUCUAUUUGAAGAUAAAUGUUUAUGGAGAAAAAG